UUUGGCCUGUGCGUGGGGCUCGGGUGGAGGGCGGGACGGAGGGGCUGGGCCCAGGCGAACCUUCUGUCGCCGCUGCUGAGGAGGCCGAGAACCGGGCGUGGGCCCGGCGAGGGAGUGCUGGACGCAGAGGAGCGGGAGGCGAGGUCUGCUGGAGUUCUAAGCCCCCGCCGCUCUGCCGCGGGCUGACCCUGUGCACCAGCGCCGUCGGACCCGUGUCUGUUCCCUGGCCUUUGGUGGGAGCGCGGCGACGGCCGUUGCGGGUGGGGAGCCGCGCUGCGAGGCGACGCGAGAGAGGUCAGCUAGUUUGAGGGAGAACUGGGAGUAUUGCCGCCGCAGUCAUGUCCGAGGACUCGAGCGCCCUACCUUGGUCCAUCAACAGGGACGAUUACGAGCUGCAGGAGGUGAUUGGACGCUUUAGUUAAUUCCUGCAUCCAUGGGAGAACCCUUUUGAGUGCCACGAAGUGCCAGACUUUGAUGGGUGGAGCUGUGGAUCCUCUCCAGAUGAAGCUGCAGCAACGUAGACCUAACUUCUGACUCAUUGCAGCUGACUUUCUAGAGGGAGUGGAGCAACUGCUGUGGUCCAAGCAGCUUAUUGUACCCCUAAAAAGGAGAAAGUGGCAAUCAAGCGGAUAAACCUUGAGAAAUGUCAAACUAGCAUGGAUGAACUCCUGGCAUGGUGGCUUAGGCCUAUAACUUCACGACUCUGGGAGGCCAAGAAAGAAAUUCAAGCCAUGAGUCAGUGCCAUCAUCCUAAUAUUGUGUCUUACUACACGUCUUUUGUGGUAAAGGAUGAACUGUGGCUAGUCAUGAAGCUGCUAAGUGGAGGUUCUGUUCUGGAUAUUAUUAAGCACAUUGUGGCAAAGGGGGAACACAAAAGUGGAGUUCUAGAUGAAUCUACCAUUGCCACAAUACUCCGAGAAGUAUUGGAAGGAUUGGAAUACCUACAUAAAAAUGGGCAGAUUCAUAGAGAUGUGAAAGCUGGAAAUAUUCUUCUUGGAGAAGAUGGAUCAGUACAAAUUGCAGACUUUGGCGUUAGUGCUUUUUUAGCAACUGGUGGUGAUAUUACCCGAAACAAAGUGAGAAAGACCUUUGUGGGCACUCCUUGCUGGAUGGCACCUGAAGUUAUGGAACAGGUUCGAGGUUAUGAUUUCAAAGCUGAUAUCUGGAGCUUUGGAAUUACAGCUAUUGAACUGGCUACAGGGGCAGCUCCUUAUCAUAAGUAUCCACCAAUGAAGGUUUUAAUGCUGACACUGCAGAAUGAUCCUCCUUCUUUGGAAACUGGUGUUCAAGAUAAAGAAAUGUUAAAAAAAUAUGGAAAAUCAUUUAGAAAAAUGAUUUCAUUAUGCCUUCAAAAAGAUCCAGAGAAAAGACCAACUGCAGCAGAACUCUUAAGGCACAAAUUUUUCCAGAAAGCAAAGAAUAAAGAAUUUCUCCAAGAAAAAAUAUUGCAGAGAGCCCCAACCAUUUCUGAAAGAGCUAAAAAGGUUCGGAGAGUACCAGGUUCCAGUGGCCGUCUUCAUAAGACAGAGGAUGGAGGCUGGGAGUGGAGUGAUGAUGAAUUUGAUGAAGAAAGUGAGGAAGGAAAAGCAGCAAUUUCACAACUUAGGUCUCCUCGAGUGAAAGAAUCAAUAUCAAAUUCUGAGCUCUUUCCAACAACUGAUCCUGUGGGUACUUUGCUGCAAGUUCCAGAACAGAUUUCUGCUCAUCUACCUCAGCCAGCUGGGCAGAUACCUACACAGCCAAUGCAAGUCUCUCUCCCACCCUCUGCAGAGCCUGUAAAAUCAGCUCAGGCUUUGUCUUCAAGAGCAGGUUCACAAGAAACCAAGAUCCCAAUCAGUUUAGUACUAAGAUUAAGGAAUUCAAAGAAAGAACUAAAUGAUAUACGAUUUGAAUUUACUCCUGGGAGAGAUACAGCGGAGGGUGUCUCUCAGGAACUCAUUUCUGCUGGUCUGGUUGACGGAAGGGAUUUAGUAAUAGUGGCAGCUAAUUUGCAGAAAAUUGUGGAAGAACCUCAGUCAAAUCGAUCUGUCACUUUCAAAUUGGUAUUUGUCCCCCUUUCCUUAUUAAAACAUCUUAACUUUUACACACUAGCAGCCUCUGCAGACCAACUUCUAUAUUCCCUGAGUGAUGAGAAUAUUAAAAUAUGGUGGAUUGUGUUCAUUUAGCUUCCCCAAGACCCUGAGCUGAUGUCUUCCUUUGAGUGGCCUCCAGUCUUUUCUCCCUCUAAGAAAGCCUCUAACCCCAAACCCUUGACUAUUCUAAAAAAUAAAUUAUUGGCCAGUCUUCCCCUAGCUGUGUAUCCAGACCCUUUAUUUUCUGUAAUAAACACCUUUUGCCCACUGCCUGCCUUCCCACUGUCCCAUGCCAGUUUUACUUGCUACCUGCGCUUCUGUUUUUAUAAAUAGUUAUAGCUUCUCAUUUUGUUUGGUUUUCAGGCAUCUGGUGUCGAAGGCUCAGAUAUUCCUGAUGAUGGUAAACUAAUAGGAUUUGCCCAGCUCAGCAUCAGUUAAACCACAGCCCUGGAAGAGGUGGCCUAAGGAGAUUCCACACAUGCGCAUAUCUGUUGCUUCUGUUGGCCUAAACCCACUACUGCCAAAGAACCCAGCAACAAACCUCCCAGCUAGGAGCUUUAGAGGUCUUUAUGUUCUUCCUGCCAUCAUUCCUCCUUUUUCCUACAGGAAAGAAAAGUUGGAUCACCAGUGGCCAACAUCCCCUUGAAGAGUUCCGUUAGUAAACUUACUCCAUAUGUCCCAUAUUUUCCUCCAUCUUAGAAGUGGCCCAUGUGUCUCAAGGCCCAGGAGGGAGAUCUGUCAGCUCAUUCUUGCCUUACUUCAGUGAUGGCCCAAGUGGAAAGUAGUGCUAUAGUGGGCUUCCUCAUCCUGCUUGUUCAUCCACACUUGCCAGGAUGUGGGUAUAAUGGGAUAUCUGAAGUAGCAAUUGAAAGUUAAUUGUUCAUCUGGAGCCCAGAGAAUUUAAUUUAGUGUUUUUCUUUUUUUUCUUUGAACCUGAUGUGAAUUCUAGAAACCUUUAUUAGGAAAAAGCACAGCCUCAGACGGAGGCAGCCUAAACUGUGUUCUUGUUUUUUUUCAUGGUGUUUCUGAGCAUUUUGCUGAAGCUGCUCUCAGGCACCCCCUUCUUCAUUGCUCCCUCCAGAAAGGGUUGCUAGCCUUAACUUCAGUUGGUGCAAAACAUCUGACUGUAGCCAAACUUCAGCCAAUGGAUCCUUCAACGUGGAACUUUGGACUGUGUUUUAAAAAUACAUCAAGUAAUGGCUUAUUAAAGUGAAUUUGCCAGAGGCAGUUUUUGAGCAGGAAUCAUAACUCAAACUAAAUUGAAGAAAAACUCCUUGAUCCUCCCAUGAAAAUCAAGUUACCUGGCCUCCAAGUCAUGAAGAAAUGGGUGUGCAAGGCUGAGAUUUCUACAGCAAUAAGGAAACUCACACUGGGCCAGAGAGGCCUACUUUCUGCCCACUCUCCUGCACUGACCCUUUGGAGGGGGUCCUUGUGUGCUGAAGCUAACUCAAGAUGGAAAGUGAAACCACAUGUGCCGUGACCUUUAGGUUUUAUGAGUAGACACUCUUCGUUUGAUUUUCUACAGAAAUAAUAUAAAUUAUUCUUUAGGUUUAAAAAAGAGCACUUAUAAUGCAAUAUGUGAAUAAUCAGUGGGGUUGAUUUUCUUUUUUCCUACUGUUUGUCCGCAUUUAUUUAACUGCUAAUAAUUCUGCUGUUUUGUGUAUGAAUGGGAUACUCUAUCUGGCCUUAAAAUGACACACAAAGAUAGGCUAUGAGCCCCUGGAAAGGGGAAAGUUGCCUCUUACAGAAUUGCUCAUGCCCUUUCCAGCAUUGUUGGUCUGAUGUACAAGAUGGUUUUACCUAAUUUUCUCUUGGAACAUAUCCGAAAGCUUUCUCUACCACUAACUUGUCACACCUUUGUUUCAUUCUGAGCCUGUAAUUUUAGUCAUGGGUUUUCUUCAUCUGCCCUAGGUGCAGAGACAUGUUGGGAAAGUAAGGAUGUUGGGGAGGAAGAAGAAGGGAAUGGAUUUUAGAUGAGGGUUGGGAGUAGAGUAGAUUAGAAGACUAGACAUCUAAGUCCAAGGUCCCAUCAGACUUGGUAAAAGGUGAGAGCCUAUUGAACUGGGAGGAAGAAAAGAAGAUUAACCAGCUAGCUAGAAAAAUAUUUAGCUUUCCUUUUCUUUUUUUCUUUUUUUUUGGAGGGGAAGUAGUAGUAGUGUGGGGAGGGAGCAGAGAAGGGGGUGAGAAUGAGAUGUGGAAAGGAGAGAGUGUCCUUUUUGGCACACAACUAAUUGCUUACUUUAGCGUCUCAUUUUUUUGGUUUCACAGAAGCCCAUCAUGAUCUAUUACACUUAGGAAUCCAAGGGGAGGUGGCAUCACUCUUACAGCUUACUAUGUGGAGUUGUUCUGGCUCCCAGCUGGCUGUGAGCAGUAAACCAUUCCCCUGCGCUCUUUCUCCAGCCUGCCAUUACCUUUGAACUGCAGUGGGGCAGGCAUGACAAAUCAGAAGUGGGCUGGGAGUUUCUCUUUCUUUUUAGCUUAUUGUUUGCCCUGCUGGGAAUUAGAAGACAGACUUCAGGUUCCAGGACAGUGUUACUUCUUCUGCAUGAUGUAUGGUGGACUCCCUUUGCUGGUUUGUGCAGUGAUACUGAGAAAAUAAGUGAACAGAAACUACCCUGGUGGGACAGCACGUAACCUAGUGAGCGAACUCACUCCAUUUCAGGAGUGGUAGUUUAGGUUGUACCUCUGUUGCUAAGUCUCCAGGAUCCCCUGUACCCGGUUUAGGGACUAACUAUAGCACAAAGUAAUAUGUGCCAAUGCUAUUUGUGAAAUGUUUGGUCUUUCUAAAUGACUAAUGGAUUUGUUUGGGGGGUUUGCUUAAGUUUUGAACCAAAUUCUAGAGUCAGCUGAUACUAUUUAAUAAUCUGGAAAAUAGAAUAAUGAUGUAUUAAUAAAUGAGGAUUUCUCUUUGCGACAUAUGCUAGAUUGUGGAAGAUGUAAAAUAUUCAACUUUUUCCUCCUCUUUUUUGACUUUGUAUUUUAUUGCAUGUUUCCUUUGUUUUUAAUCAAUAAAAAUUAAAUUGUC